AUGGCACUUGACCACAGCGACACAAUGCCAAGGAUCGCCCUUGGAGACAUCGGUAACAAAGUCAGCAAACAGCCCCUGGCCAAAAUUAUUCUGAAAAAGGAUGUAAAAACGGCAGCUGCUGGAAAAGUUAUGGCCAAAAAAUUAUCAAAACCACUGGAAAAGACACCUUUGCCUGAGCCUGAGCCUGAACCUGAACCUGUGCCUGAGCCAGAAUCUGAGCCUGUUAAAGAAGAAAAGCUUUUGCCUGAGCCUAUUUUGGUGGAUACUCCCUCUCCAAGCCCAAUGGAAACAUCUGGAUGUGCCCCUGCAGAAGAAUACCUGUGUCAGGCUUUCUCUGACGUAAUUCUUGCAGUGAGUGAUGUGGAUGUGGAAGAUGGAGCUGAUCUAAACCUUUGUAGCGAAUAUGUGAAAGAUAUUUAUGGUUUUAUUCGGUUCAUGCAGAAUAACUGUGUGCCCAAGAAAAUGCUGCAGCUGGUUGGUGUCACUGCCACGUUUAUUGCAAGCGAAUAUGAAGAAACGUGCCCUCCAGAAUUCGGUGACUUUGCCUUUGUGACUGAUCACACUUACACUAAGCACCAGAUCAGACAGAUGGCAAUGAAGAUUUUAAGGGUUUUAAACUUUGGCCUGGGGUGCCCUCUGCCCCUGAACUUCCUCCGGAGAGCAUCCAAGGUUGGAGAGGCUGAUGUUGAGCAACAUACUUUGGCCAAAUACCUGAUGGAACUAACUAUGCUGGACCACGGCACGGUGCACUUUCCUCCUUCUCAGAUCGCAGCAGGAGCUUUUUGCUUAGUACUGAAAACUCUUGAUAAUGGUGACUGGACACCAACUCUGCAGCAUUACCUGUCAUACACCGAAGAAUCUCUUUAUCCUGCUAUGCAGCGCCUGGCUAAGGAUUUAGUCAUGGUGAAUCAGGGGCUUACAAAGCACAUGACUAUCAAGAACAAGUAUGCGACAACUAAACAUGCAUAGGUCAGCACUUUAGCACAGCUGAACUCCUCGAUAGUUCAAGAUCUAGCCAAGGCUGUGGCCAAGGUGUAA